GUCCUUUUUGCCUCUUUACUUUACUUAGAAAUAUAUAGUGCUGUACAGGACACAGACCAGCUCAAUAUCGUUGGUGUUUUCGGAUGCCCUAAUGGGGACAAUGGUGGGCGCCUUCGAUCAUGGCUCCUCCGAAAUUAGUGUUAUUGUUUCAGAGAACCCACCGCAGAAAAAGCAAGAAACCUUAGAUGAAAUGCUUUCUAGACACAGGAAAGAGAUCGCUGAGCUUCAGAACAAGGAGACUAGUUUGAGGAAGGCAGCUGCUAAAGGAAGCAAGGCUGAUCAAAAGGCCAAGAAGAAGCAAGUGGAAGAGGAAAUCUCAGUGCUCUCUUCUAAACUAAAAGAAAGACAAGCUAGCGAGCUUGCCUCUAUGGGCUAUCUAAGCAACAACAAGGAGGCCGGAAACCUAGACAACUUGGUCAUGGCCAUAGCUGGGGUCUCAGUGAGCAACAAUGACUCCAACUAUGCUCAACCCAGCAAGGGUGCAAAGAGGCGAAGCAGAAGGGCACAACAAGAAGCAGAGAGAGAACAAAGAAUACAAGAAGAACAGAGCACCAUAAUCAGCGAUAGAGUGAUAGAGAAUGAGAAGCUUGAGAAGAAGCUCGAGCCACUUGGGCUUACAAUAAAUGAGAUCAAACCUGAUGGUCACUGUCUCUAUCGAGCUGUCGAGGACCAACUAUCGCUCUCCCCAGGAAACAAAUACAAAUACCAAGAUCUUAGAGAAAUGGCAGCCAAUUAUAUGAGAGAGAAUGCAUCCGAUUUCCUCCCCUUCUUUCUCUCAGAUAGUAAACUCGAGGUCAGUUCUGAGGAUUCACCAUUGGAGAGGUUUGAGAGGUAUUGCAAAGAAGUCGAAUCCACAGUCGCUUGGGGUGGGCAAUUGGAACUUGGGGCUCUCACCCAUUGCUUGAAGAAACACAUUGUGAUAUAUUCAGGGUCCUUUCCUGAUGUUGAAAUGGGAAAAGAAUACAAAUCAGAGGGCUUAUACCAGUCUCAUGGAUUCAUACUUGGAGGGAGGAUUUAUGAUUUUUGCAGGCUUAUAGCAAUCUAAUGGACUCAAACAUCGAGGGAGGCCAAUCGAGUCGCUGAAAAUCUCGCAAAAUUCGGAGCUGGUGCUGUUUUACAUCGGGGCUGAUCCUUUUAGUCAUGAAGUGUUUGGGUUCUUGUUCUCUGUUGUUUUUCCUUUCUUAGCCUUGUAGAAGGGGUUCUUGCUCCUUGUUGAUUUUCUUUUCUUAGCUUAGCCUUGUAGGAGGUUUCUUUUCCGUUUUCAUGUGUCACCUUUCUUGGUGACCGUUUUGUUGUAUCCCUCGGGGGUUUUUGUACUGUUCUACUCCAUCCAUACAAUGUU